GUGGAAGCUGAAGAAGGGGCUGCUGCUGCCGUUACGUGAUAACACAUUUUUUGGGAAACGAGAAGGAAAACGAGUACUAAACACAUCUGCGAGGCGGCCGAUUGUGGCCGAGCUUGUGGAAAACCAGUGCGAAGCGCAGCGGCUCGCUUUUCUCGCGGUGGGUUUCGGAAGCGGACACCCGUCCGUGUAGUAGUCGUCCCCUCCCCCUUCCCGGGAAUUGGAAGACCGCAUAGCAAAUAGGCAGAAUUUGCAUUGGUCCUCUUUGUGCACACAAUCACUGGAUGGCCGGCGUACUGCAUCCAGAUACAGACGUUCCUAAGCAUCACAAUCACAAAAAUAAGAAGGGAUCUGCAAGUGCUGCGAGUUGAAUAGAGUGUUCCCAUCGCCGAACGAGCCAAGAAAGCAAGUAAGUGGCGUGCCGGUUGAACGACGAACGAGAAUGCUGAACAUCCAGCGACACAACCAAUAAGGCAGAGUGUUUGCGUGUUUAUCUCUGGUUGACGGGAUCGGAAAUCGCUCGCCAUAAGCUUUGCUAGCAUCGUUUGAAUUACGGAAGAUAUUGUGCUCUGAGAGGCAGCAACGAUAAUUACUCACCUCAGCGCGCCAGUGGCACUGUCCCCUUUCCGGUAUAUGACAUGAAUUCCGACGAGUACGAGCAGCUCCCGACGUCGAGCGUGGCCGCCAUCAUGACGGCCGGUGCGAUAGCGGGCAUCAUGGAGCACUGCGUCAUGUACCCGCUGGAUUCGGUCAAGACACGAAUGCAGUCCCUCACACACAUGAAAGCACACGAUACGAUCCUGUCCACGCUGCGUGACAUGGUGCGUACGGAGGGAGCGUUGCGACCAUUCCGGGGCGUAAUGGCCGUCGUGGCCGGUGCCGGUCCAGCGCAUGCCCUCUACUUUGGUGCGUACGAGUGCUCGAAGGAGAUGAUUGCCACCGUAUCCGAUCGCGAUCACGUCAACUACAUGCUGUCGGCGGCGGCCGCCACGCUUGUGCACGACGCAGUUUCCAAUCCGGCCGACGUGGUGAAGCAACGGCUACAGAUGUACAAUUCACCGUACAGAUCGAUUCUGCACUGCGCCAGCCACGUGUACCGAACCGAGGGUUUCCGGGCCUUCUAUCGCUCCUACUCGACGCAGCUCGUGAUGAACAUCCCCUACUCGGCGAUCCAGUUCCCGACGUACGAGUUCUUUCAGAAGCUGCUCAACAAAGACAAUAAAUAUAACCCGCCGGUGCACAUGGUUGCGGGCGGGGUGGCCGGAGCAGCCGCGUCCGCCCUUACGACACCGCUCGACGUAUGCAAGACGCUACUCAACACGCAGGAGGAUGGUGCCGGAAAGACGCGCGGGCUAUUUGAGGCAGCGAAGAAAAUCUACGCCACGGCUGGCCCGAUGGGCUUCUUCAAGGGUAUGCAGGCGCGCGUCCUGUACCAGAUGCCGGCCACCGCCAUCUGCUGGUCGACGUACGAGUUCUUCAAGUACAUCCUGUCUCGGGUAAAGAAGCCGACGGGCAGCGGAGGUAGUUCGGUGUCCGCCGCCCUCACACUGACCGCUGACCCGUUGCUGGCGGAUGAUGCAUCGAGCAAGGCCGCCACGAUCACCGAUCUGCGGUACAUGAUGAUUCCGGCGGCCGCGUCGGUCAGUGCGGAAGCAUCGCCGGCCGGUUGCAGUGGCGUUGGCAGUGCCAGUUUGCUGAUUCGAUCGGAGCGCGCCGGCGAACCGGCCGCUAGUGCGGCCACGGUCGGUGUCGGUGGCGGUUCAGGUCAGCCGUCAACGGGUGAUAAGGGAGGUAGCAGCGUUGGAGGUGGUGUUGGUGGAUUGAUUCCACGAGGCGGUCCCGAACUGCCGGCCAUGUCCGGUGCCGGCAUUUACGGUGCCAUGAGCUACAACACGAUGCACUCGAACGACACGAACCCGCUUAGCGACAUCCGACGGACGAACUAAGGCUCCCGGAGGGGGAACCCCGAGCUGCUGGAGCCCGGUUGGUGAACCACGGACGGACGGACGGAUGGACGAGUGCGUGCUUCUAGCAGUAAAUAAUCUUGUUGAUUAAGUGGAUUUUUGAAAGGAGAAAGUACUCCUAGAGGAACAGGACGGACAGAUGAUAAAGAGAACGAAUGUGGGACAGAGCGCGAAAGAUGAUGCAGCGCGCUUCUGGAAGCCACGAAUGUUUCGAACGUAUUGGAGCAGCGAGCAAGUGAGAAGCGACAAGCGAGACGGUAGUGGUGAAGCCAUCUGUCCCUGGACGCAGUCAAUACGCAUCAACGCACCAUCAACUAAGUACCGCGUUUUGUUAAGUUUAUAUCCACCCCACCCCUCCUCGGGAUACCUACGGAGAAGAAGACACAAAGAAAGAAGGACAAACGUGUGGGAUGUGUAGUGUGUUCGGAAGAGGAUAGAAUAUCCAAACAUAACGGACGACACGCAGACACACACACACUAACACUGUAAAACAGAAUGUAGCAAGCGGUUCUCUCUGCAACCGAAGUUUCUCCCUUCCCCCCUGAGGCUGUUGUUGCUGUUGACCGUAAUGCUUCGUGUGCGUAUGCCUGUCUGAUCAUCGGUGGCCAACCGUAAGCGCUAUUUAGAAGAUUAGUUUUUGGCGAAACUCUCCAUCGCCCUCGGCACGUGUGGCGGAUGUCUAGAAGAUGUCGUCCAUGCCGAUGGAGUGAUUCUCAUUGGGCGCUCGUGCAUGGCACGGUACCAGCUCACACAAAAAAGUGAAACAAAACAGGACAAGGGGCGCUACGCUGGCCAUGACGACGAUCAACGGCGAUCGAAGGAGCUGGCACCCUGGCUUCCGCUCGAUCGAUCGGUGCACGUUGUACGAUCGCUAUUUUGUGUCAGAGAAUCAAUCGCGAUAAGACAAGCUAAACGGACCAUAUCGUGGCAACCAAACUUUCGAAGGGUAGGGCAACAGAAAUGGCACUCUACUGCUGGGAAAAGCCAGCCAAAAUCUUUAUCUAUGCAGUGGAAUUUCAGUUCUUCUCUAAGCAAAUCUCCUUUGGCAGUGUGUGAAUGUUUUUGGAAUGUUCUUUUUGAAAUUACCAGUUUAUCCCAUCGUUCUCGUAUUGAAUACGCGUAAAUGGUGAAUGUGUUUCUGUUGUAUGGAAGUCGUCGGAGGGGUCGAUGGAAUCGUUUCCCCUGCUUCGUCAAGUCAAUUACUUAUGUGCCCAUAUGGGAUGUUCCUUUUGAGACAGGGUAGCCGCUAUGAAUUGCGAUUGCGCUUUGGCUUGCUCUUUUGAGUCAAUUAGAUUCGGUUCUCUGUCCUUGCCCCCCGGAAGUGGAGCGAGUGGAGAACCAUGUGGCGGUCUUCGUUACUCUUUUUAGCAAAUGCACAACGCAUGCCGGGACAGGUACACACAAUCGAAAAUCUACGGUCAACGGCAACCAAGCCAACUACGGUCGAUGCAGCGGUCACGACAAAAACGAGAUGGAGUUCUAUGAAAAGAACAAAACAAACAAUAAAUUCUAUAUCAACACCCUGUGUAUAUGCCAAGA